AUGAUGCGGGGGAGAAUCCUUUCUCGCAAGCUAUGGAGUGGAAUCAGCAGCGUCAGCCCCCGGAAGUCACCAAACCCGUUUAGAUGUUACAGUCUGAUUCCAAUGGUGAUUGAGCACUCUUCCCGCGGCGAGCGCGCCUACGACAUUUUCUCUCGUUUGCUCAAGGAGAGGAUCAUUUGCAUCAAUGGCCCUAUCUCUGACGAUACUUCUCACGUCGUCGUUGCCCAGCUCCUCUUCCUCGAGUCUGAGAAUCCGUCUAAACCCAUCCACAUGUACCUCAACUCCCCCGGUGGGGCUGUCACUGCCGGUCUUGCUAUCUACGAUACAAUGCAGUACAUCCGAUCUCCAAUCAACACAACGUGUCUGGGCCAAGCUGCAUCGAUGGCUUCUCUUCUCUUGGCUGCUGGUGCAAAGGGUGAGAGACGUUCUCUCCCAAAUGCUACCAUUAUGGUUCAUCAGCCUUCUGGUGGAUACAGCGGGCAGGCUGAGGACAUGAAAAUACAUACCAAGCAGAUUGUUCGUGUUUGGGAUGCUUUGAAUGCACUAUACUCAAAGCAUACAGGACAACCUAUUGAAAUGAGGGCAAAGAUAAAGAUUCAAACUAGAGAUUACGGUUCUCUUGGUUCCUGUGAUGCAUUUUCCCAUCAUUUGAUCUUGGGAAUUCUUUUGGGUGGCCAACCUAGCACCUGUUAUGAGCACAUGUUGAGGAGUUCUCAUUCCUCCAUCAUCUUUCUUGAGCACAAGUUGCGCGUUUUCCUUUCCGGCUUUCCACCACCUCCCUCUGCUUUGUCUUUGUUUUUGAUAAUCGCUGCAGCAUCGAAAGGUCCAUGCAUUCUGGCCUAUUUUUUACACUAUGAUGGGGAUUACAUGUAA